AAUUAACAAUCCAUCAGCUAACCGGCCAACCAACUUUCCUCCGUCAGAAAGGCCCUGUUUGCUCAAACUCAGGGCAGCACCAACCAGCUUCUACUUGCCGGGGUCAGUUUGCUGCCCGUUUGCUUGCUUGACUUUUUUGCACGCUCGGUUGGCCGUCCUACAGUUUUCAGACGAGGGGGGACAUUGACACCUCAGCGAUAACCAGUUGCUUCGUUUGCCUGCUACUCAGUCCCUCUAGGGGUCAUCGCAACCAAAUAGUUACAGUCAUCAGAAAAUGAAAGCCAUUGUCCAGCGGGUUCUGUCCGCCUCUGUGGCGGUGGACAACGAGGUCAUUUCGUCGAUAGGGAAGGGCAUUCUCGUCCUCGCUGCUGUCGCUCCCGGUGACACCGAAAAAGACGCCGAGACACUUGCAAACAAGGUGUUGAAGCUCAAACUGUGGGACGACGAGGCCGGCGCUCGGUGGAAGAAGACCGUCCAGGACAUUGACGGGGAGGUUCUCUGCGUCUCCCAGUUCACACUCUUCGCCAAGAUUGUCAAGAACAAACCCGACUUCCGCCUCAGCGCGCCGGCUGAAGACGCCAAGAGAAUCUAUCACUAUUUCCUACAAAAUGUGCAAGACAACUACGAAGCGGACAGGGUCAAGGACGGCCGUUUUCAGGCCAUGAUGGCUGUAUCUUCGACCAACGAUGGCCCAAUUACGUUUGAGCUGAACACAGAGUCUGCCUCGAAGCCUUGAGUCGCCGUAGGUUACAGGGACACGAUGUCGUUUGUUUGGGACAAGAUGCACGGUUCGAAAAAAGCUACAUAGAAAGAAAGAGCCAUCAUUACAUGCAUAUAUACAUACGUACAUACAUAUAUACACAGAGGAAACGAUACAGGCUUCGACUCGGACUCGAAUUUGAGAGAGACUCCAGGUUCGUCAGUUUGCUGCUCAUCAGGUACCUACCUAGAUAGUUCUCAGACCACCUCCUGUUGAGGCACCAAGAACUGUUGCAACACAAAAACAAACGCUCUGAUUGGGUGGGCCGACAAGAGCUGUCGCUCCUUCCCGUCGAACCAUGCAGGGCAGAGGCGUUUGCUUCCCUCCCCAACUGCCCCGCACCAGACGCCGGAUUCCAGAGAGUUCCAUCGCACUUCC